CGAGUCGUUCUGAUUCGGGGACGGCCGGAAUGACUAAGCCUUCCGCCUAAUUGCUCAGGCUGCAAAUUAUCUCAGUAAAGCUUCUAGCCGAGCCAGAUCGAAAGAUUUCAUCAAACCACUCAAUUCAGCGUCGACCCUCCAAACCUGCGUCAUGGCGUCCCGGAGACUGGCUUUGAACCUCUCGCGAGGUCUGCGAAACCGUGCUGGUCUUUCGGCCGCCGCUCCUUUCACACGAGGCUUUGCCACUCCCUCUACCGUCGGCAAGACUCAGACUUCAACUCUUAAGAAUGGAUUGACUGUCGCUACCGAGCACUCGCCCUUCGCGCAAACGUCGACCGUCGGUGUCUGGAUCGAUGCCGGUUCCCGGGCUGAGACUGACGAGACCAACGGUACCGCCCACUUCCUUGAGCAUCUCGCUUUCAAGGGUACCGCCAAGCGAACUCAGCAGCAAUUGGAGUUGGAGAUUGAGAACAUGGGUGGUCACCUGAACGCCUACACUUCGCGCGAGAACACCGUCUACUUCGCCAAGGCUUUCAACUCUGAUGUUCCCCAGUGUGUCGAUAUUCUCUCCGAUAUUCUCCAGAACUCCAAGCUCGAGGAGUCUGCCAUCGAGCGUGAGCGCGACGUUAUUCUCCGAGAGUCCGAGGAGGUUGAGAAGCAGGUCGAGGAGGUUGUUUUCGACCACCUCCACGCUACCGCUUUCCAGCACCAGCCCCUUGGCCGCACCAUCCUUGGCCCUCGACAGAACAUCCGCGAUAUCACCCGAAAAGAGCUCACCGAUUACAUCAAGAACAACUACACUGCUGACCGUAUGGUUCUCGUUGGUGCCGGUGGCAUCCCUCACGAGCAGCUCGUCGAGCUCGCUGAGAAGCACUUCUCCGGUCUCCCCUCAAGCGCCCCCCAGACCAGCGCCUACCUUGCCUCCAAGCAGAAGGCUGACUUCAUGGGCUCUGAUGUCCGUGUCCGAGAUGAUGCCAUGCCUACUGCUAACAUCGCUCUCGCCGUUGAGGGUGUGAGCUGGAACUCCGAGGACUACUUCACUGCCCUCGUUGCUCAGGCUAUCGUCGGCAACUACGACAAGGCUGUUGGCCAGGCUCCCCACCAGGGCAGCAAGCUCAGCGGCUGGGUCCACAAGCACGAUCUUGCCAACAGCUUCAUGAGCUUCUCCACCAGCUACAACGACACUGGUCUCUGGGGUAUCUACCUUGUUUCUGACAAGCCUGACCGAGUUGACGACCUCGUCCACUUCGCUAUCCGUGAGUGGAUGCGCCUCUGCACCAACGUUAGCGCCGCCGAGACCGAGCGUGCCAAGGCUCAGCUCAAGGCCUCCAUCCUCCUGUCCCUCGACGGCACCACAGCCGUUGCUGAGGACAUCGGCCGACAGCUCGUUACCACUGGUCGCCGCAUGGCUCCUAAUGAGAUUGAGCGAAAGAUUGAUGCUAUCACCGAGAAGGAUAUCAUGGACUUCGCCAACCGAAAACUUUGGGAUCGGGAUAUUGCUGUUAGCGCUGUGGGAACUAUCGAGGGUCUCUUCGACUACCAGAGACUUCGCAACACCAUGAAGCCCAAGUUUUAAGGUAGAGAGGGCCGAUGGGAUUGUGAAAAUCGAAAUAAGGGUAUAGAGUGUAUGAGAUACCGUUUACAGGCCUAGUGUACCAUAAGAUUUCCUCUGUUCAUGCUAGGUAACACGGAGUUGUGAUA